CAGAAUAAUCAUGUGUGCUUGUAACAAAGUCAUCGCUGCUACUCAGAUGUCUGCAGUGUGUGGCUGAGGGUGUGUAGCUCCUCAGUGGUCUCCAAGUUCCAAAAGUCCCGCUCAGCAGACAUAUUUUGCUCUUCAUCAAGCAGUGCUCUGUCUGCCAAGCCUUUUACCUUUAUCUACUGUAUUUUAGGGUAAAGUUUGCACAGAGUGAAUUGGACUAUCCAAGCAAAGAAAGCCUGUCUCCCAAAUCAAUAAAUAAAUGGAUCCGGCAAUGACUGAGACAGCGAGUGCUCAGAAACGCACCUGAUUCUGGUUAAGAUAAACCAGUAAGGGCACCUGCAUUUACCUGCUAGAAUUUGCUGCCAGGAAAGAACCAUUGCGUGUCUGGAUUAAUACCGGUCCAUCUGUCAUUUAACUGCAGAUUUAGCAAGGAGCUUAAACAUCUCUUUGGACAGAAAACAACACAGUAAGAUUUGAAAACCAUGAAAAAGAUAAUAUUGGAUAGUCACAUGAUUGCGGUCAUGACGCUGACACUCUUUCCCGUCCGGCUGCUGCUCGCCGCCUUCAUGAUGCUGCUUGCCUGGCCCUUUGCGCUCAUUGCUUCCCUGGGACCCGCUGAGAGGGACCUGGAGCAGCCCCUGGCCUUGUGGCGGAAGGUCGUGGACUUCCUGCUCAAGGCCAUCAUGCGUACCAUGUGGUUCGUCGGUGGCUUCCACCGGGUCACUGUGAAGGGCCGGCAGGCCCUGCCCACUGAAGCGGCCAUUCUCACCCUGGCCCCGCACUCCUCCUACUUUGAUGCCAUUCCCGUCACCAUGACCAUGUCCUCCAUCGUGAUGAAGGCAGAGAGCAGAGACAUUCCGAUAUGGGGAACUCUGAUCAAGUACAUACGGCCUGUCUUUGUGUCCCGGUCAGACCAGGAUUCCCGCAGGAGGACGGUGGAGGAGAUCAAGAGACGGGCACAGUCAAACGGCAGGUGGCCGCAGAUAAUGAUUUUUCCAGAGGGAACAUGUACCAACAGGACCUGUCUAAUUACCUUCAAACCUGGUGCCUUCAUCCCUGGAGUUCCUGUCCAGCCUGUGGUUUUGCGGUACCCAAAUAAACUGGACACCAUCACGUGGACGUGGCAAGGCCCUGGAGCGUUGGAAAUCCUGUGGCUCACCCUGUGUCAAUUUCACAAUCAAAUUGAAAUUGAGUUCCUUCCCGUGUACAGCCCUUCAGAGGCGGAGAAGAGGGACCCUGCCCUGUACGCAAGCAACGUGCGGCGCGUCAUGGCCGAGGCCCUGGGAGUCUCUGUGACCGACUACACCUUCGAGGACUGCCAGCUGGCCCUGGCGGAAGGUCAGCUUCGUCUCCCUGCAGACACCUGCCUUCUAGAAUUUGCCAGGCUGGUGAGGGGCCUGGGCCUGAAACCAGAAAACCUUGAAAAAGAUCUGGAUAGGUAUGCGGAAAGUGCGAGGAUGAAGAGGGGUGGGAAGAUCAAUGUCUCAGAGUUUGCUGCGUACCUGGAAGUCCCUGCCUCAGACACGCUGGCCGACAUGUUCUCACUGUUUGACGAGAGUGGGAGCGGCGAGAUGGACCCACGGGAGUACGUGGUUGCCUUGUCUGUCGUCUGCCGGCCAGCCCAGACCCUGGACACCAUACAGCUGGCGUUCAAGAUGUACGGGUCCCAGGAGGAUGGUAGCAUAGACGAGGACACCCUGUCCAGCAUCCUCAAGACGGCCUUAGGGGUGGCGGAACUCACCGUGACCGACCUCUUUCGGGCAAUCGACCAGGAGGAGAAGGAGAGGAUCACGUUCGCUGACUUCAGCAGGUUUGCAGAAAUGUACCCCGACUUUGCAGAGGAGUAUCUGUACCCCGACCAGCCACCUUUCCAGAGCUGUGCACAGAUGCCCCAAGCUCCCACCCCCAACGGCUUCUGUGCUGACUUCAGUCCUGAGAACUCGGAUGCUGGGAGGAAGCCUAUGAGUAAGAAACUGGACUAGGACUGAAGGUGCUGGAGAGACGAGGUUGCUCCCUGGCGGUGGCCACCCCACCUCCACAUGGCCGCCAGCCCGUCUGCUGUGACCACCUCCGAGUUCCACUCUCCACAUAGGCUACACGGUCACUGUCCCCAGGCCCGAGUUCCAGAGCCUGGGGGUGUUUCCACUUUGCUUCUCUGUGAGGCACUGACCUGAGGGGUGCCUGUGGAGCACCAGCCAUGCUCACGGUUCCUGGACUUUUCACGGGGAGACCGCGUGGGGCAUGUCCUGCCCAUCUUGGUGGGGCUCUGGGAGUCUCCCUGCCGGUCAGGUCCUCAAGGGGCUGGGUGGACACCAGGUGUGGCUUGUUUUCACCCACUGUGUCCUGGUUUUAGAUUUUCAUCUCACUCUUCCCACACGGUCCCUUUUGGUCAGUUCGAGGUGGCAUGCACAGGGGGGCACCGCCACACGCGCUCGAAAAGAGGGACAUGCAGCAUGUGUUUGGUCAGCACAAACCCUCUGCCAACCUCUGGAGUCACAGCAUGGCCAACCCGCCAUCUGGUUUUUAAACAUUUCUAUAUUUGUGGGAGUUCAUAAGUAUUUUAUAAACUUCAUUUAGAUACUUCAAGAAACUUUCAGCUUUUUUUUUAAAGAAGAAAAUUGUUUUUCUACUUCGUUUUCCUUUAGGGUCAGAGGAUAUUUAUUUAUAGGCCUUUUUUGAUAGAAUCUGAGGCUGUGUGUGUCUUUGACCACUUUCUCUCUGGCCUCUCCCAGGUCAGCUGCUCUCCUGUUUGGGCCACCAGGAGUCCCAGCCCAGAACCGCUCUUUGCCAUCUGUACUCCUUAUUAACCCCCCUCUUUUUUUUUUUAUAAAUGUUACCAGCUUGGUAUUUGUUUUAAUAUGACGUCAUCUACUUCAGUGUAGUGUCAGCUCCAGUGGAGGCAUUGAUCAUGGGUGGCAGGAGUUAGGCAGGAGGUAAGGACUGGUCCCGGCUCAUUUCUUGUGUGUGCGGUUGUGCACUUCAAGCCGACUGCUGCCCUGGGAUAGACUUGUAAGUCCUGCUCGGAGGGCAGCCGUCUCCCCUUUGCUGCGGCUCUGUGGUAAGCAGGGGAAAGCAGCUGCCUCUGCGGACAGAGGAGCUGCAUGGACGGGAACAAUGUGUAGAGUAGCAGGAGUGGGCCACAGCCUCGUGCCCCUGUCCCUUCUGUCACGGUGAUGGGGGCGGCAUCAGUUCUGAUGGAAGAAUUCGGGUCCCCUCCCUGAGUAAGGUGAGGAGCGUGCCUCCUGGCACGAGAAAGGAGACAGUGGUCUUGCCUUGUUCCUCCUGCAUCCCCUUGACCAUUCGUUUAGGACAUAAUGGGAACCUGUCCUUGAAGCACAAUCAUAACCGCAGACUUCAGUUUGUGCCCUGAAGCAAAGCCUCUGGGUUCCUUCGGGGGGGAAUUUUUUUUUAAUUUCUAAAGUGAAUUUUAUAUUUGGGGUAUCUCCAUUGAAAGUGACCACCAGGGGCCAGAAACACAGGGAAAAUGUUUACUAAUUUCCUGAGGCAUCCAUGACGUGCAUUUCUACCAGUAGACGCCAGGAAGACCCUUAACUCCAGGCCAGUUGUCACCUCCACCUUGUUCCAGCUGCUCACUGCCAGCCAGGACGCAAACAGGGACAGGGUGCCGAGGUCUGUUCCGGGCGCUCAGCUUGCUGGACACAACAGAAACUCAGAUGCAGCCUCGGUAGCUAACAGUAAUUGAUUUUAUAAUUGUAAAAUGCAUAAAGAUUCAUUUUUAAAAGAAAAACCUACCAAUGACCAAUGAAGGAGGUGAAUAAACUAAGAUAUUCUGUGGACAGGGGCCUGAACCUGUGGCCUCCGUCUCCCAUGUCUGCGGAUGAAGGGUUUUGAAUGAAAUGCCACUGUGCAUUUUCAGGAAAAAAACCUCUGAUAAGCAGACUUUGAAUGGAUGUUUGCUCCUCCUGAUCCACUUUCUCUCUCGUAGUGACUCAGUGGCAUUCAGAACUGUGAGUGUACAUAGUGUCGGAACGAAAUCCCUUUAGCAUAGACAGGGACAAAAUGGGCAGGCGCAGCCCUGGCCCCGCCGCCUGCGGGGCCCUGCUGAGACGUGGGGGCCCUGCUGGGAAAGGUGCCAUGUGAAGAACUUGGGUUUUCAGUGGAAUGAAUAAAACAUAAAGUCCUAUGUACUUGAAGA